GCUGUGUGGGAAUUUCACCGUUUCCUUCUUCGAGUGAGAAGAAAAACGCGAGAGCAUUCGGACUCCCACAACCAUUUUCUGCAGGACAGUAGCUUACCGGGUGAAGCUAAACUUGUAUAUCCCGUUUUUGCUCACGAAAAUAUUAAAGUGAGUUAUAUAAAUCUAAAUCUAUGGUGUUCUCUCCUUAGUUAAAUGAACAGGGAGUCUUUUAUUUCCGAGGGGACGCGAAGUACAACACCCGUCCAGUCAACUCGUGGCUACCUGAGCAAUGGACAAUGUUUCUAGUUUGUGCUCGGAUGUAAAACCAGCAGAAAACCCGGCUGAAACUUCGACACACGAUGGGUUAGUGGACGCUUUCGGGGACCUGGCUGCUCUCCCGGUGGAGGUCGGGGAGAGAAGACCGACGUGUUUGCGGUGCCGUCGCCCUCAGAAGGUGUGUCUCUGUCCUUUUCUCCCACCACGACCUCUGGAGGUGUCCACGUGUCUGCACGUGGUCCAGCAUCCUGCAGAGGAGAGUCGGGUACUUCGUACCGUUCCUCUUCUUGCUGCUUGUUUGCCCCAAGGGAAAUGCAACAUCAUAGUGGGAAGGAGAUUUAAUGAGGAAAAGGACCCGGAGCUCGCUGCUGUAUGCCGAGACAGCAGAACCCUCAUCCUGUACCCGGGUCCCAAAUCCCAGAACCUGGAGGAGUUGGUGCAGUACCAAGAGGUUGGGGCAGUAAAACACAACGUGAUCAUCAUAGACGGCACCUGGAGCCAGGCCAAAAAUAUGUUCCUGAAGAACACCUUGUUUCAUCUGCCGAAACAGGUGCAGCUCAACAGGAAUCUGUCCAGUCAGUAUGUGAUCCGCACUCAGCCUUCCAACAUCUGUUUGUCCACGCUGGAGUGUGCUGCCGUCGCUCUGUCGGUCCUCGAGCAGAAUGAUCAGAUCCAAGAGGUUCUUUUGAGGCCUCUGAAAGCCCUCUGCUCCUUCCAGCUGGAGCACGGUGCACAGAUUCAUCAUAGCAAGGAGCAUCUGCUGAAAAACGGCAUGUACGACAAACCCAUGCCCAAGAACAAACGCAAGAUAAAGAGGAUGGAGAAACUCAUCACUGACCACAACAUCUGCCCCAGAUGAGGAAGAAACCGAGAGAAAAGGCACGGCCCACCUGUGUUCACAGAGCGGGGUGUGGUGACAGGACUGGAUCAUCAGGGAUCAGGGGCUCAUGUACAAAGAGUGUGGAUUUCAUCAUGAAUCCUUGCAUGGAAUACUUGGAUACGCAAAAAAAAUUCAGAUGUUCAAAAUUGGGCAUACGCCCAAAUCCACGCACCCUUCAUUUGAACAUGACAACCAACGUGAAAUUGAACGUGGACGCAGGAGCAGGACACUCCUCCCUAAAACGGAUCAAUUUGAAUAUGAUGAUGAGGAUAAAUAUCCAUGAAAAAACAGCUCAUCCUAACAAGGAACUUACAAAAGCGAGUGAAUAAAAAUGAAGGAAGGUUGGUUGUCAGAAGUUGAGGCCUGAAAAAUUAUUUAUUUGGUGGCAUUUUGUCUCUGAUUUAGCUGUAAAAAAAAAACAA